AUGUAUUCCACUGUUUGUAAACAAAACGGAAAUUCCGAUAGAGAUAUUGCCACCUUCAUAUCCACUGGAUUUGUUGGUCAAUUAAGAGGUUGGUGGGAUCAUUAUCUCACCGAUAGUCAGAAAAAGGAUAUUCUUGACCAUAAGAAAAUGAUUAAGUCAGAAGCAAGUGGUGUUUCCACCACAGGCGAAGAAGAUGCGGUUUAUACACUGUAUCCUUCAACAUUUUGUUGGACCAAUAUCCCUAUUGGAGAAAAAUUCAAACUCUACUCUAAAAUCUAA